CAAGUUGCAUCUGGAACUAGCAAAAAUACAUUCAAUAGCCAACAGUAUGGCUGCUAUUGAAAAGCAAAAUUAACUGCUAAAUCUUACGAAAUGUGGACAGAAAUAAGUGGUGUAAUUUUAAGCAAUCGUUCUUUCGAAGGAAGCAUUGGAAGUUUCGUGCUCGGGUGAAUCGGCAGUUCGGUUUUGAGCGUGAACUAAGAGGAAAAAUCGAUUUCCAUCAUCGUCUUCGUUCGACGUAAAAGUGAGAGUUUUCUGCAUCCGUAGCUGUCAGCAGCGAGGUUUUUGGAAAACAAAAUUGUCACUAAUGUGCUUGUUGAAUUUAGGUAUCGCUAGUGCAGCGAACAAAAAUCAACGGAUAAUCUAAUCAUCGUGCUGGUGAUUGCUGUAAAUUUUGUCAUCGUCAUCCGGACCUGUCUGAAGAUUGCUGCGGCCAAACUUUGCUACCCUACCUGGUAGACACUCUACGUUCAGUACUCGAGUUUUGCGGUGCAAAAAUGAGCCUCUAAGCCACCAGUCGUCGACCAGUUUCGUGCGAGACUGGUGCACUAACGCAACGGCCCUCGUACAGUGUCGAACCACAACUUCCCGCAACGCGACGCGACGGCAUCAGGAUGGUGUUAUCCUACAUCAGAUAUUUCGAUAACAUCUAGAACGCUGUUGCGUUUACGUUCGAAUAGUUCUCACUGGUAGAGACGUUGGUACCGGAAACUUGUGAAAUGAGCCAGAAAGCGCCCAGCGGCGCCACCAGUGGCGCCAAAUCAACAUCGGUUGCAGCUCCCGGUGCUACAACAACAAUAACAACAGUUACAUCAACAUCCACGAGUACGGCGGUUGUCAGUGGUGGCGGUAAGGUAGAGACAGUCGCAAAGAUGCAAAAAUCGAGUGAAGCUGAAAAAACUACUCCAACGAAAGAUCGGCAAAAGCUAUCCUCAACGGUACGCGCGUUGAACUUCGAUGAUCCAGAGCUAGAGCGGAAGCCCUCCAUCGUUACGGCGGAGAAAAAGAAGGAUGAGUCAAAGGUGAAAGUUGCAACGGAUCCGAAAGAACAGGAAAUCAAAUCGAAAAUCAUUCCAAGUGCUGCAUCGUCGAAACCGUCCGCUGUGAAAAAAGACGAAAAUAUUCCGGUUGUCACUACGGCAGCGGCACCGGUCGUGGCACAAUCAGUGCCCUCGAAAACAAUCACUAGUCCUGCUGUCGUUUCUGCGUCCAAACCGCCACAUAGUAGCAGUCCCAAACAGACCGUGGAACCAGAAGCGAAAGCACAUGGAAGUCCUUCAAAAGGAAACCUGAAAAAGAUCCACCAGCAGUCGUCGGUUAAAACCGAAGAAUCUGCCAAACCAGUCCUGCUGAUCAAGUCAUCGUCCGUUCCUGCGCCAGCUCCGGUUGCUGUUACCACUGGAGCCACAGUCAGCAAUAAGCCAUUGCCCGUACCUUUGCUACCAGCAGCAGCACCCGUAGCGAGUCAACUGGUUACACCAACCGUCAUUACAACUGCAGCGGCAUCACCAACAGCAACCAGUGCUCCUCCAGCAUCGGUAGUGUUGCGUCCUUCGUCCGGGUCAGGCUUGCAAAAAUCCGCUUCAUACAGGAAAUCAUCCUACAAACCACAGCACUCACAUUCGCUGCGCUAUUCCGGCAGUGGAAGCGACAUUUCCAACCUGGUUCGGGUUCGAAAUUCAACACUAGGCAACUCGGCUCCAACGCUGUCAAUCACUUCCAAGGAAGGAGGCUUCGGUCAGCGUCGAUCGACAUCGUCUUCAGCAUCGGCCCGAAGUGGUGCGGUGGCUCGCCACCGGCUCAGCUUCGUAGCCAACAUUUCGCCUCGAUCUCAUUCACCGAUUCCCGGCAGCCCCAUCGACAGUCCGCGAAUUAAUUCGCCGAGCAUGAUACACUUCCCGUUCGUUCCGAUCAAACGGUUAACCAGCAAAAAUAGUGACAGCAGACGAUGGUCGGUUGCUUCCUUACCCAGUUCGGGCUAUGUGACAACGCCGGGCAGUUCCAACAUUUCGUCACAGUGCUCCAGUCAGGAGAAACUGCACCAGUUCCCGGCUGUCCCGACGAAUGAUGAUUUGCACAUGCUUUCACUGCACUUCUCCAGUAACGACAGUAAUCCCGGAAUGGACGGACGAAGUCUUCAUCACCACCAUAACUUCCUGCAGCAGCAGCAUCAUCAUCAUCAUCAUCCUCACCAUCACCACCAUCACCAUAAUCCGCUUCAUCAGCAUAGUGGUGCUGUGUCCACGCAUGCCCUUCAACAGCACCAGCAGCACACUCAGCAGCAACCGCUCAGUUUGCAAUCGCAGCCAACGCACUGCACCAACAGUGCCCAUUCGAUCAAAUCGACCGGCAGCUGCAAAGACGAUCAGAACAACUAUUGCGGUUGUCGAUCCCCGGUUCAUCGUCCCCGAUCGCGCAGCCUCAGCAGUCCAUCGCACUCCCCAAUAACGGACAAUGAGAUUUCCCUGAUGAACACCUUCUACAAGGAACGCUUCCCGAAGGCCACCCAACAGAUGGAGGAACGGCUGUCGCACUUCAUCAAUGAAAACAAAAAUAUCAUCAACGACAGUUCGCGCAUUUCGCAGCCCAUCGUGCGCUUCGUCCACCACCAGGUGCUCGAGAUGGCCCGGGACUGUCUGCACAAAUCGCACGCCAAACUGAUCACGUCGCGGUACUUCUACGAAAUGAGCGAAAACCUCGAACGGCUGCUAGCCGAAACGAAGGAAAAGUCCCCCGAAGCGGCACCGGAGGUGACCGGCGUGGUGAAAAAGCUGCUGCUGAUCAUAUCCCGUCCGGCUCGGCUGCUGGAAUGUUUGGAGUUCGAUCCGGAGGAGUUCUAUCGGCUGCUGGAGGUCGCCGAAGGUCAGGCGAAGGUUACGCAAGGUAUUAAGGCCGAUAUUCCGCAGUACAUUAUUCAGAAGCUGGGGCUCAAUCGGGAUCCGAUUGCCGAACUGCAGGAAGAGCUGAUCGAGUCGUGUUCGUUGAAUUCGUCGAUCAACGAUGGUUCGUUGGAUAAUAAUAAUUCGUUUUCGUCGCCGAAUCAAUCCUUCCUGUAUCUGGAUGAGCGAGAUGAGCUGAAUCGAAGUGCUUCGAUGACUUGUUCGACUCCGAAGGGGUCGCAAAAUAGUAGUGCUAUUAUUAACAACAGCAGCAGCGGUAACAAUAACAACAGCAGUCUGAUGAGUGCGAGCAAUAACAAUAAUGUUAAUAAUAACAACAAUAACAACAACAACAGCAGCGCUGCUGGUCCCAUUGGCGGUGGUGGUGGUGGGGGCGGUGUUAACAAAGGUUUUAAGGGGCGCUCCAGCGCCAGUGCGGUGCCGAAUGAGAAGGAUUACGAUAUGCUAAAGCUGAUCUCCAACGGUGCCUACGGAGCGGUUUAUCUGGUGAAGCACAAACAAACCCGCCAACGGUUCGCGAUGAAAAAGAUCAACAAGAAUAGUUUGAUGCUGCGAAACCAGGUGGAGCAAGUGUUUGCCGAGCGGGAUAUCCUGAGCUUUGCGGACAAUCCGUUCGUGGUCAGUAUGUACUGUUCGUUCGAGACGAAGAAGCAUCUGUGUCUGGUCAUGGAGUACGUGGAGGGUGGCGAUUGUGCGACACUGCUGAAGAGUAUCGGUCCCCUGCCGUCCGAUAUGGCACGGUUUUACUUUGCCGAAACGGUGCUAGCGGUUGAGUAUUUGCACAGCUAUGGGAUCGUGCAUCGGGAUUUGAAGCCCGACAAUCUGCUGAUCACCGCACUGGGGCAUAUUAAGCUGACCGAUUUUGGGCUGUCUAAGAUGGGGCUGAUGUCGUUGGCGACGAAUUUGUACGAGGGGUAUUUGGAUAGUGAAACGAGGCAGUUUUCGGAUAAACAGGUCUUCGGGACGCCGGAGUAUAUUGCACCGGAAGUGAUCCUACGGCAAGGGUACGGUAAACCAGUGGAUUGGUGGUCGAUGGGGAUAAUUCUGUACGAAUUUAUGGUGGGUUGUGUGCCAUUUUUUGGGGAAACUCCGGAGGAGUUGUUUGCGCACACCGUCAAUGACGAUAUUGAGUGGCCCGAUAACGAUGAUUGGCCAAUUCAGGACGAAGCAAAGGAUCUGAUUACGGCUUUGUUGCAGCAAAAUCCGCGGGAUCGUCUCGGAACGGGAAGUGCCCAUGAAGUGAAGGAGCAUUGCUAUUUUCUCGGGUUGGAUUGGAAUAACUUGCUGCGUCAGAAGGCGGAAUUUGUCCCCCAACUGGAUAACGAUGAGGAUACUAGCUAUUUCGAUACUCGAGUCGAUCGGUAUAAUCACGACAUCUGCGGCGAUGAUACCGAUGACAUGGAGGAUUCGCCUCUGUUCGGAUCGUUCAGUUCGUACUCGCCUCAGUACAGGAAACAGCAAAGUAUUUCAGCUAGCAGUAAUCCACCAACGAUCGUUUCUCAGCCGGAAGCUUUGGCUUCCCCUCUCGCCGGAUCCAAUUUACCGUCCACCAUAGCGAAGGAAAAGCCUCAACUGCCGUCACUGUUCGAGGAUAGCUUCGAUCUCAACCAGCCGGCUAAGCCGGCCAGCGACAUCAGCAAACUCAUCAUAACACCGGAACUGCGCAAAUUCAAUAUAAACCCCUCGAGAUAUAAGAUGCCAUCGACGCCGGAUCUGGACUAUCUACCCGAGCUGGCCACACCCGAUCGUGAAGAUUUCAUUAGUCAUCUAAACUUGCGUCCACACCAGCAACAGCUUUCCACGCCGGAGUCCUCCCAGACGGACAGCGAUGACGUUUCGCCACAGAUUCAACGCAAGCGCAAAAUUGUGCACAGCCGCGGUGGAAUCCUGCCGAAGUUUUCCAUUUCCAUCGAAGACGAUCAGAGCGGUCACGAAACAUCCUCUUCCACCCCGUCCCAAGUGGCAAUAACAUCGUCGUCCCCCUCAUCGUCGCUCAACAACCUCACCGGUGCCGGUGGAACGGCCCGUCACAUCGUCAAGAGUGCCUCGGCGCUAGGCCUAUCGCUAAUGACCUCGUCGGAUGAUUCAUCGACGGCAAUUGCAACGAUCGGAAGUGCCGGAGGCGGCGGCGGUGGUAGAUCGGGAAUCGCCGGAGGAUUGCACAAUGUCACUACGACCGCUUCGAAUCUUUCGUCUUCAUCAGGCUGCAGCACCGGCAUCACAUCGACCAUGCAUUCCGCCGGUAACUGCUCCAGUACGGCCAGCUCGCGGGAUACGUCUCCGUGUCGGGAGCUGAGCCCACUAGUCACUAAUCUUAAGCCGCCGCUAAUCAUUCGAAGAGGCCCGCGUGGAUUUGGCUUUACCGUGCAUACGAUUCGAGUCUAUUACGGUGAUACAGAUUUCUAUACGAUGCAUCAUUUGGUGAUGGCAGUGGAUGAGGGUAGUCCGGCUUUUGAAGCCGGUCUCCGACCGGCGGAUUUAAUUACGCACGUCAACGGGGAAGCGGUGCAAGGUCUCUACCAUACACAGGUGCUUCAACUGUUACUCAGUGGUGCUGAACUGGUUAGUCUAAGGGCCACCCCGCUGGAACACACCAGCAUCCAGAGCGGAGGACGCAAGCGAGAACCCUGGCAGAGUAAGUUUGCGAAAAAAUCAACGCACAGUCGGCGGAAGCAAAAGAAGGAUAAUGAAAAGAAGCGCAAGACUUCGCUAUUUCGACGGAUCAGCAGCAAGCGAGCGAGUGCCGAAAUGCAGCAGAUGGUGGCCGGGAUUCAGUCGCCCACUUCAGUACCGCCCAGCAGAAGCUUUCAGUCGUUCACGCGAUUCCAGGGCAGUCAACCGAAUCUAGCUUCCACGUCGUCGGGCAGCCCUCUGCCGGCCAGCAUUCAGCCUGCGGUGCCUUCGACCUCCUUAACCGCAUCUCCCGUGAACCGUCUAAGCCUGUCGCCAUUGAACACCAUCACUCAGGCCUAUCCGUCGUCACCGUCGUCUUCGCCUAGCACUUCCGCUCCCAGCACACCAACGGGAACGCUAACCUACAACGAAGGAGCUCCGCUCUAUCAGCGACCAUCCACGCUGCACGUACUGAAGCACAAGCUUCACUCGUCGCCAUGCGCUCCGAAUAGUAAAGCCUUACAUUCAGCGGCUGCCACGGGUCGACCAAAUCGGCGAAAAUCAGCCGAUCAUAUGCCAUUGUCCCCACUGGCUCGCACACCAAGCCCAUCGCCGUUGCCAGCAUCGCCAACCCGCUCCAGCAGCCCGCUGGCCUUCCCGGUAGUUCAUCCACUCGGAUCGUCCAACACUACCCAAUCGUACAGUCCCGGUGUGCUUCCCUGUGCUUCCACCGUCCCACCACAAGCCGGAAUCGUUCCCGGAAUCGUAACCAUCAGCGGUAAUUCACCGACUCCUCCCACAACCAAGAAAGGCUUCCCGCGAGCUAAAACCGCCGAGCCAAGCUCCCCGCUUCUGCGGCGUGCUCUAUCUCCGGACCGUUUGCAUCCCCGUACCGCCGAAAGCAAGUGCGUCCUGUCGCCGCUCUGCUGUAACACCCCUCUGAAGACCACACCGCGUCAGGUGACCGGAAUCUGGCGUUCGAAUCAAAAUUCAACCAUCACAACGGCGACCCCUCCGCAACCACCAUCCAGCGCUAGUGUGCCUACGGCACCUCCUGCUCCGGCAGCACCCCCAACCGGACCAGCUAGCCUCCCGCAACAGCAGCAGCAGCAACCUACCGUAACAUCAUCCGCCCUGGCAGGAGUAACCACAACCAGUACGGUUUCCGGCAAGAUCGUCACAUCGCCCGCAUCGCCAUCGGCGGCGACAACAACAACGACGACCUCUGCCCCUACCGUACCCACAACCGGCCAAGGAAAAUCUACCAACAGUGGACAGCAGCAGCCACAAUCACUUCCCAACAUGGUCGAGAAGAUGAGCAUUAAGGAUGCUCCCUAAAUCAGUUGUUAACAGAAACAAACACAUACACGCAUAGACUACUAUGAUCGUUUGCCUCGUAGUCAUUGAUGUUUUUUUUCCUUUUUUUUUUUUGUUUUCUUUUUUUAUAAGCAAAUGAACGCAAACGUAAAAAGCUCGUUUAUUUAUUUGAUUAAUUUCGUCGUGAUACUCUUCUAGUUGUAAGUUAUUAUUAGCGAGGGAUUGUCUGUUUAGGUUUAGAGCGCAGGCAAUGAAUGCGAUAACUGGUAAAAGGCAAGCCAACAUUAUCAUAGGCGUCAGAAGGAAGGUAGGUAGCUCGAAUUGCGUAGAGGAUGCAGAAGCUUAGCUAAAGCUUAGGGCGAGAGGGGAGAAAACUAGUGGAAGAAUUGUUGGAAGCAUGAAAAAAAACCCGUAAACAAUUGUAGUAUAUAUGAAAAUGGUUGCACCGAACUUUGAAUGUAUAUGUUUAGCAAUUUUGAAUGGUACGGAAAGGUGGAAAACCUAUCGAAAAACCCUAUUAAAAUUUAACGAGUUCAAGGAAUCAUUAUAGAGGAUAGCAGAUAAUGAUAUGGAGGAAGUGAAAUUUAAAGAAAAAAGAUUUACAUUUGUGUGAUAUUUUUCAAGCAAACAAAAACAAUACAACUACGUAAAAGGUAUAAAUUAUAGUUUACAGGACAUAGCAUGUAGUUUUCAAUAAAAAAUAUACGAAUUAUGAAGGUAACACAGAGUUAAAAGCAAAAAUUUAAGCGCCAAACACGAUAAACACACCGACACACCGGUUAGUAAGCAAAAACUGCACAUUCACGAGCGUUUUUGGUUUGCUUUUUCCGUUCGUUUGAGCUUUUUCUUCCCACCCACUAAACUGCUGCUACGGCUGCCAACCCGCCGCCGGCACCGGUCAGAGCUCUCGGAUCGUUCCUCUCUCUCUCUCUCCCUCGCCCCGAAUCGAAAUCGUAACGAAAAACUGUUCAAUCAUUUCACUAAUCGUCUUCGUCCGAUUGUUUGAUUAAGCAUUGAACGCAAACGCCAAAACGACUUUCUUGUGGAUUUGCAUGCUCGCAUAGAAGGCAAAUUCGACACACUGAAAGAUCCCACUUCCGAAGAUCCGAGACUUCUGCCACGUGACCGCACUAAAACAGAAGUUGUAAUCCAUCUUUUUGGCAAUCGAAUGCUCAACACUAAGGACCAGGUAGUUCGAAAUCGAAACUACUUUAGAUCUAACCAUGCGCCUCCAUCGAAUUGUAAUCUAUCGAUGGAGCCGAAAAUGUUUCGAAAAUAGGCAAAUUUUUGUCAUGUCAAACAAGCCCAAAGGUGCUUCUACUGUUAUGGAGAAUCAAGUUAGCCUUGACAUGUUGUAAAAGCUGUAUAAAUAACAACUGUGAAAAUUUCGAUUAAUUCAUUAAACAACCACCAAAGAAGCCACCAAAAUUAACUGAAGAACAACAACUUACAACUUCAUAAAAAAAUAUAAAAUGUUCUAAGCUCCAGCCGAGAAGCAGCAGUCAGUCCCGUGCUUCAUUUUUGCAAAAUAUGAAAUGAAGUCUUACACUCCGAAUUCAACCCACUCUACUUAGUUUUCACUCGUUAUCCGUUGCUCAAAUUAACCAAUACCACUUGGAUGGCAAAUAAACCGACUUCCGAACUCUUAAAAAAACUCCUGUUUCAAAAAAUUACUAAGUUGACCAGCAACUCCAUACACAGUUCUACGUCAGCCUUCCAAGCAAAGAAAAAAACGAAUGAUACUAAAUUAAAACAAAAGAAAAUCAUCCCACCAUUUCAACAUUAGUAUAUGAACUAAUUCUUUAAUCCAGUAGCUAACAGAAGAAAUAGAAGAAAAAGCAAGCAAACUACUAGCAGCCUCAGUCUGUCACUCACGGCACCCGUGUUCUUGUUCGUGUGCGCGUGCGUGCGUGCGUGUGAUAUACGUGUGCAGUAGUCCACCAGCACGGUGGAAGGGCAAAAUUCUAGAAAUUAGUUCACAAUAUGAGCGUAAAAAACUCCUCGCACACGAAGUCGAGAGACACUAGGCGCAAAGAAAACAAGCUAAUAAUGAUAGCUGCCACCGCCCCCUGAGCGAGGAGCAGCUGUCUGUUACAAUUGAUUUCAACCCAACUACAGUAGAAUUACUACCAGCAUCAGAAUACAGUCUAAACAAAAAAUAAUUAUUCAAUAGCGAUACACAAACAGUAUAUAACGGUUGCAAACAGCUACGAUAGCUUCCAGAAAUCGUUCUGUUUUAUUCUUUACGUUUCGUUCCCCCAAAAUAAGCCGCUUUAAAUGCAUACAAAGUUCGAACAGCGGAAUGAAAAUACCAUACUCUAAAUGUAAAUGUUGGAAAAUGAUCGAAAAGUUGAACGACGGGAAGCGCACUCGUGCGCAUGGUUUGUAAAAUACUAUCAUACGUAUAAUAAGACACUUAGUGCAAGGCAAAGGGCAAAGUCACUAUAAAAGUUGAACCGAAAGCAGUGAAAGCUAAUACCAAUAGUACCAUAAUCACUUAUCAAUGUUGCCGCAGUGUAAUUAUUUCAUUUCUAGUGCAAGAUGCAUGAUUCAAGAUAAAAAAAAUGAAAAUAAAACGAAAAGUAGGCGU